AGGCGGCGGCGGCGGCGGCAGCGGCCGGUCAGGGGCUUGACGGACCCGCACAGAUUGGACCGAGAUGUCGCCCCGCCGGGAGUAGUGACCCUCCAGCGCCCAGACUGAAAAGCAGUUUUAUUUCAAUAUAGAUGACCAUGCAGCCUGCAAUUCAGGUAUGGUUUGGAGAAGACCUACCUUUAAGUCCACGGAGUCCUCUGACCCCCCGACAUGGCCCAGGUUUGGCUGAUGUUUGUCAGUAUGAUGAAUGGAUAGCUGUGAGGCAUGAGGCUACCCUGUUGCCUAUGCAAGAAGAUCUGUCAAUUUGGUUAUCUGGCUUAUUAGGUAUUGAUGUUAAAGCAGAAAGGUUAUUAGAAGAACUUGAUAAUGGAGUACUAUUAUGCCAACUGAUUGAUGUUCUUCAAAACAUGGUUAAAACAUGCAACUCUGAAGAGCCAGGGAAAUUUCCAAUGAGAAAAGUGCCCUGUAAGAAAGAUGCUGCCUCAGGCUCAUUCUUUGCUAGAGACAAUACUGCAAACUUCCUUCACUGGUGUAGACUCAUUGGAGUUGAUGAGACUUAUCUCUUUGAAUCUGAAGGCUUAGUUUUGCAUAAAGAUCCAAGACAAGUGUAUCUGUGUCUUCUUGAAAUUGGUCGAAUUGUUUCAAGAUAUGGGGUUGAGCCACCAGUAUUAGUAAAACUAGAGAAAGAAAUUGAGCUAGAAGAGACCUUACUUAAUAUUUCUGGGCCUGAAGAUUCCAUCAGCAUUCCAAAAUCAUGUUGUCAGCAUGAAGAACUGCAUGAAGCUGUUAAACAUAUUGCUGAAGACCCUCCUUGUAGUUGUUCACAUCGAUUUUCUAUUGAGUACUUAUCUGAAGGACGGUACCGACUAGGGGAUAAAAUACUCUUUAUAAGAAUGCUGCAUGGAAAACAUGUCAUGGUUCGUGUUGGUGGAGGCUGGGAUACUCUUCAAGGAUUUUUGCUUAAAUAUGACCCCUGUCGAAUCUUACAGUUCGCUACACUAGAACAAAAAAUUCUAGCAUUUCAAAAAGGAGUUUCUAGUGAAAGUAUACCUGAUUCGCCUGCCAGAACAUCUCAACCUCCUGAAAUGAAUCCUUUGUCAGCAGUUGAUAUGUUUCAGAAACAGAAGUCAAAGCCUGGCACACCAGUUGGUAUUCUAAAGAGCAAAGAAAAGCAGACACACCCUCCAGCUGUGUUGCUGCAUUCAUCUUCCUUGACAGGAAGUAAUCUGGGUUCUGUGUCAGUCCGUUCUAAAUUGCCAAAUUCUCCAUCAGCAUCUUCUCACCUCAAACUCAGAUCUUCAAAAGGCAUAACAAAGAAGCCACAUGCUCCUUCAAGCAGCACAUCAUCUUCAGUUGCUUCUUUAAAUCCAGAAGGUAAAAGCACUUCUUCAGCUUCUUUAACAAGCACUGUCCAUUGUGUAUCUGAGUCACUGAGUAAGUGUAUCUCAUCACCCAGUACUCAUAAGGCCAAAUGUAUGCCAGUCCAGAAUUCACGAAACGUGCCUCAGUCUACACUGUUGCCUAAAAAGUGCUCUGGAAAAACUGAGCCAAAGCAUUUAAAACACGAUCAUAUUUCUUCCAGGGAUAAUGCAAUAUCUCACUCAGCUGCCCAUUUACAUUCUUCAUCAAAGUGUCCAAAGCUCCCUAAAGCAAAUGUACAUGUAAGGCCUAAACAUUCACCAUUUCAUUCUCCUACAAAAAUGACAAAAUCUUGCCCCCAAACCAUAACCACAAAUGUAGGAACAAAGCCUCCGUCAUCUGAUGAAGCACUACACGUGGGAGCCAUACCAGCACAGAAACUUAAAUCAGCCUUGAAUUUAAACCAGCCACUUUCAGUAUCUUCAGUUGAUCCUGCAAAAGCAGCACAGAAAUUGAAAGAUAAAAAUAUGGGUUCAGUUGUCAAAAAGCAGCCUCAGAAUAAAAGUACAUCCCAGAAGACAGGACCCAGCUUCUCUAAGUCCACUGGCCGUACCCCAUUGUCCAUUGUGAGUCUUCCCCAGUCUUCGGCCAAAAUGCAAACUGCACCAAAGUCAGUGCAGACUGCCACUAAGAGCCAGUAUUCAGCUAGAGGGCCUCCAAAGAGUGGCAAGGCUCCAUCUUCAACCAGGAAGCCGCCAACAUCUGGUAAGGAAGCAGUUAGUGGAGACAAAAAGCCUACUGCAAAGAAGAAAGAAGAAGACGAUCAUUAUUUUGUUAUGACUGGAAGCAAAAAGCCUAGAAAAUAAUGUAAAUCUAUCAUUUUAAGAAAAUAGGAAAGGAAGAGUAUAUGCUAGCUUCGCAUCAUAACAGUCUGUCCUAUGUGUUUUUGUCCAAAUAUACACAUUAGGUACAGUAAGGUGGGAGUAGGGGUUUAGGGGUGUAAGUAGAAGAGGAGGAGAGGGCUUAUCAGAUUCAUACAUGUGAUUCACUUGAAGAUAUUCUUUUGAGGUUGGCAGUUAUAAAAUCACUAGAAGUUCUAACUAAUAAUAGACAUUUACGUGAUUUUCAGUCCGUACAUCUUGGUCAGUGUCUGCCCUAUAAAGAAAAUGUAAAGCCAAAUAACACUACUAGAAUUAUACCUAUAGUUAUAUAUAUAUAUGUAUUUUUUUAAGAUGUAUUUUAUUUGUGC